GCCAGCGGAGACUACAACGCCCGUCGUCCCCUCGGCGCUCCCUGAUCAAUGGCCCUUAUUUGAAUAAUCUGCGAGCCCUUGGCCCCAAGCCAAUCAGCUGUCCGGGACCCAUGAUAAAUCGCAAUGCAUUAUUGAUAAUCAUAAUUACUCUGACAUGCGCAUUCCGGACCCUGGGAGCAAUUUCCCAACUCGAGGAAUUUGUUGUGAAGAAGAGGACGCAAAUAAUUGCGACUAUUUCGCUCCCGAUGCGGGUGCAGCAUGUCGAGGCGCAAGCAGGCGAAGCCGCAGCACAUCCAUUCGGACGAGCAGCCGCCCCCCGAGGUAGCAAAUGGAAGUCCACAAGACGUCCCAGGUGACCGAGAAGGUGAAAUGAGUUCCAAACGGUGCCGAACAGAGGAAACCAACAUCUGUGAGAAAUGCUGUGCAGAGUUCUUCAACCUCUCUGAAUUCCUUGCGCAUAAGAAAAAUUGCACUAAAACGCCGCCUGUCCUAAUCAUGAAAGAUGGAGAGGGAGCAAUGUCCCUCGUAGACUUCCCCGACAGCUCCUCGGAGAACUUCCAGAACAAUCGGAUGGACCGAACCGCCAAGGACAGUCAUGCCAAAAGCUGCUCUGGUUCUGUGGAAGACAGGAGAGAGAAAGCUGGUGCCGAGCCAGUGGGGGGGAUGUUUCUAAAAGCGGAGCCCUCUGUUGCUCCUGCAGCUCACGGUUUAAGCUAUUUACCGAAACCUAAAGUACCAAACACUAAUGUGACUUUGCAGACUAUCCGUGGCACUAAAGUGGCCGUCAACCAAUGUGCCUCUGAGAGCCUCUCUCCAUCAGCAGUUGGCCUCCACGCUAUCCCGAUGAUCCUUGAGCAACUUGUGUGCCUACAGCAACAGCAGCUCCAGCAGAUCCAGCUAACAGAGCAAAUCCGCAUCCAGAUAGCCAUGAUGGCUCCCCAAGUCCUUCACCCUUCCAUAGCCAAUGCUGCAGAUCCUCUUAAAGCUUUGGGCGCUCACAUGUCCCAACAGCUCUCGGCUGCCGUUGCUUUAAUUGGACAGAAAGCUGGGAACCAAAGCCUAUCACUGGAAUCCUUGAAACAAGGCAAACUACCUCAUUCGAGCGUUGGCAUUCCGGCUGCUGUCUCCUUGGCCGCUGGGCUUGCGCCUUCCAUUUCCUUGAAGCCUGAGGCAAACCGGGGUCUGCCUAGCUCCAUGUCACGCUUCCCAAGCCCUUUGCUACCUCAGUCGUCUAGUUCGGUCAUCUUCCAAAACCCGCUCCCUGCUAUUUCCCCAGCGGUUGACCCCAUGAAGAAAGCAAAAGGGAAGCUGCCGAACACGAAUACGCCUGAAAGCAAGCCAAAUGUGGAGGAGUCCUUCUUCAAACACAAGUGCAAAUUUUGCGGCAAGGUCUUCGGCAACGACAGUGCCUUGCAGAUCCAUCUCCGCUCCCACACGGGCGAAAGGCCUUACAAGUGUAACAUUUGCGGCAACCGCUUUACAACCAAAGGGAACCUGAAAGUGCAUUUCCAGCGGCAUAGAGACAAAUAUCCUCACAUCAAAAUGAACCCCUAUCCAGUUCCCGAACACCUAGACAGCGUGCCCACUAGCAGCGGCAUACCCUAUGGAAUGUCUGUCCCACUGGAUGAGUCGAAUAUGAUUGUGGAUACCAAGCCGAUUUUGACCAUGCAUCCUGCAUCCAUAGGUAUUGGCUUACCUCAGAACAUUUCCCAGCUGCCAAAUAUUAAGGAUUCUCUCACUGGGGUACUUGUGAGUGACAUGCAUAUGCAGCCAAGACCUUCUCCGGAAAGUGAAGGUGGGUCUUCAUCAGGGCCAGCCAGUCACGAGUCGGGAAUUGAGCCGAGCCAAAGUUCCCCGCAAGCUGGCUGCAGCACAAGUACCUUUCAGCCAGGCAGAAAUGGCGAGCCAGGUUCAGAAACAACCAAGCUCCAGCAGUUGGUGGAGAACAUCAACAAAUCCACGGCUGACCCCAACAAAUGCCUGAUUUGCCACCGGGUCCUCAGCUGCCAGAGCUCCCUCAAGAUGCAUUACCGUACCCACACUGGGGAGAGGCCCUUCAAGUGCAAGAUCUGUGGCCGCGCCUUCUCCACCAAAGGUAACCUCAAGACGCAUUAUGGAGUCCAUCGAGCAAACACGCCAUUGAAGAUGCAGCACUCCUGCCCCAUCUGCCAGAAGAAGUUUACGAAUGCGGUGGUGCUGCAGCAGCAUAUCCGAAUGCACAUGGGAGGGCAAAUUCCUAACACGCCACUCCCAGAAAACACACAUGAUAGUAUGGAUGUUGAGGGUGCCGCAGCUGAGAAGAAUGGAGACCCGUGCCAUCCAGAUGAGAACGUAGACAGCAUGGAGAUAGCGGGAAACCUGGAUCUGCAGGAUGGUCCAAGCCAGUCUUCCAAGCCACCUACUCCUUGUGAUGCUCAUUCUGACCCUUCCAGCUCGGUCUUUUCAAGCAUCUCAGUGCUGGAAAACCAAAUGAAAAUUGUCAACUCAGCUUUGACCUUGCAGCGUCAAAGCAGCCUGAAGUCCAGUGAGAACGGCUCGGCCGAGAGCGAUGGCAUGACAAACGAUUCCUCCUCAGUAGCAGGCGAUCCAGACUAUCAGAAUGGCAGCCGAAGCCCUGUUGCUUCCGAAUCGGCUUCGUUCCUGGCGUUGUCUCCGGCCAACAGUCAAGCAGAGAGCACCAGAUCCAAGUCUCCCGGUUUCAACGUCCCAGAGGAUGGCGCUGCAGGAAGUAAACCCGACGGUCCUGAAAUCCAUCCCGUAGAAAGGGAUAGUGCUUUGGAUCUAACUUAUGGCAAUAUUGGUCGAAAGGUCAUUAAAGAAGAGCCUGGCCUACACUUCCAAAAUGGAGAAUAUGGCCGAAACAGCAUCCACGCAGCUUUUAUCCGAGCACCGCCAGCUCUCAUCAAAAUGGAAAUUCCCAGCGAUCGUCCUAUCGGCGCGGGCCAUUUUAUCGGCCCCCCUGCCUUGUCUCCUAGCGUCCCUCCUCCUCUGGUGCCCACCCCUCGCCGUACCGCUAAACAACAUAUCUGCACUACCUGCGGCAAGAAUUUUUCUUCAGCGAGUGCGCUUCAGAUUCAUGAACGGACUCAUACAGGUGAAAAGCCAUUUGCAUGCUCCAUCUGUGGAAGAGCUUUCACCACCAAAGGGAACCUGAAGGUCCACGUUGGAACUCAUAUGUGGAAUAACUCAGCCAGACGUGGAAGAAGACUUUCCAUUGAUAAUCCCAUGGCUCUUCUUGGCAGCGACCCAAAGAAGGUAUCAGAAAUCUUUCCUAAGGAUGUUGUGCCCCAGUCAGUCAACCUUGAUCCUGUGGCGUGGAACCAGUAUGCAGCAGUGCUCAGUAAUGGCUUGGCCAUGAAGACCAAUGAGAUCUCUGUGAUUCAGAGUGGUGGAAUACCUGCUCUUCCAACCACAAUUGGGGGUGGGCCAGCCAUCAAUAUCGCCAUGAAUUCUGCCACGGUCUCCAAAAUAGAUGGCUCUCAGUCGGCCAUUGGCUCAGAGAUGGAGAAACCCAGCAGCACCACAGCGAGCAACGUGCCAAAACACCAAUUUCCUCAUUUUAUGGAAGAGAACAAAAUUGCUGUCAAUUAAAACCCGAACACAGAGAGGAGACAAAAUGGAUUUACAAAAAAAAAAGAAACUUUACAAGUAUAUAUAAAUCUAUAUAUUUUUAAGAGAUUACACCCCAAGUAUCCUUAUUUUCCUAACGAUGUGCAAAUGAUUCUGUGGUUGUCUUUGUAAGAGUUGCCCAGAGUACAAUCAUGUCAUUGUUUUGCGUUAAAAAAAAAAAGGUGAACAAUGUAGGAUUCUUUUCUGUAUUGGAAAGAUGCGGGUCUUGCAGAGUAGUUUUCACAUGUUUGGCUUCAAUGUGUAAAGCCUUAGAAGUUUUACAACAUGAAAUUCCAAAGGUGAUAGAUGAUGCUUUCCUCUGUAGCUGUGGUUGCUCACAUAGAAACCAUGGGUGACUCUUGAGUGGAGUAGAAUCCAAUAUAUUGGUCAUUUCGUGGGGCAAGGGACUACGGAGGUGCUGUAAUUCACAGAGGAUACAUGGAAACUUAAUUAUGCGGGUAAAUGCUCUGGAAUGCCACCCUUUUUGAAUAGUACCUCUUUUUUUGCUUGUGGUGGUUUUGAAUGUAAUCUUGCUUGUCAGAUGUGCCAGUUCCAUUUAUGCAGAAGACUGCUGUUUGCAAACGAAAGGACAGUUUUAAAACUGGCUCUUGUGUUACAUCUCAAAUACCCUGUAUUAAUGACUGCUGCUUAUUUAAAUACUACUUGGACAUGCACACAUGGCUUGAAUAAUAGUGCCAAAAUUUUGACUUGUCAGUGCAAGGUCUUUUUUGUUUUCCCCACGCAGAUUUGCGGGAGGCGGGCUGGGAGAGAGCUUGCAUCGGAACACCAAAACAAGCAUGGGUUAGAAAUGUUGUGUAUAUACUGUUGAAAGGGAAUCUGGUCUUUCAGAUGUUAGGUUUUGAAUGUUCUGCUAGGAAUCUCAGGUGACUUGCGUCGGGUUCCCUUAGCAAGGGGAAACUCUUCCUCUUUCAUGCAACUUUGAUCUUUGUAGACUUUUUGUUUAAAAAAAACGGAGAUAAGUCUGUCUAAAUCUGUAUUUAAAAUGAAGCAUGUGCGUAGGUUUCACAUGCUUGGGGGGGGUGGGGGUGGCGUGUUCUUUUGUUGAAGACAUUUCCACUUGAGCAUCCAGGACAGAGUCUACAAGAAUGCUCUCCUGCAUAAGCCCGGUGCUGUCCUGUACAGAUUUUCAACAUGGCUUAUACAGGUAUACUUCCCCGGGUCCCGAAGUAUUUUUUUUUCCCUCUUGAUAUUUUGUAUGUUUGCAUUUACAUGAAAUAAACCCCGAUGGAGUCUGUAAUUGUAUUGUAUGAAGGUUAUUGGGAUGGCCCUCUGGAUUCUAAGUUAUCUACCUCAUUAUUUUUGUUCUUUUUUUUGUAGUGCUAAGUAUCUAUUUUUCUAUUAAAAAAAAUAACCACUGUAUUGAACUUGAGAUCCAAGCGGAGGCUCCCAUGCACUAUUUUGAACCAAAACGUGAUGUACCGGUAGCAGUGGUCUGCUGAUGUUGUAAACUUGUGUUGUGGCUUUUUUGUUUGUCUUCUCUCCCCCCCUCCCCCCAAAAAAAACCCUAUUCUCAUUGUGUUUGUAGGAGCUCUCCAUGUGUUGAGGUCAAGCUACAUUGGAAAUCAUAGCUGAACAACUUGAAUAAAAACGUGGCUUUUCCACCCACUCUAGACUGCAGUGUCUGCCUUUGCUCACCCAGAAGGGCCAGAGGGUGGAUUUAAUUAAAAAUGUUGCAGUUGCAAUGUUAUUGCGCCUGAAUUGCUUUUUGUGUAUUUCCGAGGGGAGGCCGGGUUGGGGGGGGGGAGAGAUCUCUCUACUUGCUUAGGAUCAGUUUUGGGGGUUUGUUCUUUUGUUUUUAUUUUGCCAAGGUGUGCCUUUCCUGCUAGACUUUGUAAGUAACAACACUGUUUACACUAUAAAAUGGAUCUUGUUACAUGGAAUAUACCAAAGGUGCAUCCCGAACAUUGUUUCUCUUCUGCAUUGUGAAUGUAUGGACUUUUAAUGGGAUUAUGUGUAGGUUUUUGUUUUUGUUUUUUACAAAGUAUCUACUGAUGCAUUUCUGUUGAUGCAAGAAUAAAUUUGGGAUGACUUUUUUCA